AUGGCCUAUCCCGACUUCGGAGACAGUCAACAACAAACUGCCGAUUUAUACCCUCAACUCCCCUCCACGACAUCUAUGGUUCGGUCCCAAAGCGAUCAAUCUCGUCAAUCCAGUCACAACCAUCAAUCGCAUCACUCUCCCCCAUCUCAAGUUGUAGACUUGACUGAGAGUAGUGAUGAGGAUGAGGAUGAGGAUGCUGAGGGAUUUCUCGAAGUAGAAGAUAAUAGUGAGCAGCAGCUACCCAACUCGGCUUUCCCAGUGGAGCAUGGCGAGCAAGGUAUUUACUAUGAUGUAAGGGAAGAAGAUGAAGACGAGGAAAUUAUUUACGAUGAUCAGAACGAAACAGAUGACUAUGGACAGGGCUACUUUGACGAAAAUGAUAAAAAUUUGGAUUCAAUGGGUAGAGUCAACUAUCCCGAAGAUUAUGAAAACGGCAGUGAAGAGGAUUCCGACGAAGAUAGCUACAGUGAGGAUGAGACGAGUAAUCAAGCGCCAGUACAGCAACAGCCCGAAGUAAUAGACCUUUUGUCCUCGGAUGAUGAAGAUGAGGAGCCAGCGGAAGCCCCAGUUGCUCAAAUCAGAAACAAUCUUAAGGUUGACGAGACAAUUGAAUCGGGGGAAGAGUCAGAGGAAUAUGAGGAUGACGGAGAGGAAGAAGAGAAAGAGGGAGAUGCAGGUCUGGACAUUGUUGGCAAACAAGUUCAAAACGUUAGCAUCCGUUCUACAAAGUCCCAAGAAUUCGUGAGAGAGUCUUCGGAAGAGUCAGUUGAGGACGAGCCAAUGGCAAGUGCAAUAACGCUAGUCAAUGACCGCAUCGAAUCCAUAAAACCCGAUGCAGAAAUACCCGAGAAUGUAUUGAAUACAUCGGGCUCUGGUCUUGACGCGCAAAUGGAUGUAGAUGAAAGCGUGCUUGAGCCAGAGGGCGCAAAGCAAUCUCCACCACAAGAAAAUCUCGAGGAUGAGAAUGCUAUCGAACUAGAUUCUACUGAGCCUAUGGACAUCGAGACCAAUGUAACCAAUCCAUCUGCUACCAUUGACAAGAUGGAUGUCGAUAAUAAUACAGACAAUCUCGAUGGUUUACUCGAAAAGCUAGAGGAAGUGGGUUCAGAAAAACAAUUGGAACAGGGUUCUGCAAAUACCGAUGGCGAUGUACCCCAGAGCGAUGAUGAAAUCUUCAAGAACGGCGUCGAGAAUGUCGAAAAUAAGGAUAUUGACCAAAAUUCGAAUGAAGCAAAUGCUGAGACUUCUUCGCAAGGACCCGAGCCAAUCGAAAUGACGGAUGAUAUACGAACAGCGACCGAAACUGUACCUGACCCUAUACUGGCCGGUGACAAUGCAAAUACUAUGAGUGUUGCACACGAACAUGUCCUACCAUCACCAAUCACUUUAGAGAAUUCCAAUGUUUCAACAGUACCCAUUUCCACAGAUCAAAGCAUUAAGGAUCGAGCUGCCAAGUCUGGUUGGGCGAGGUCUCCUAAAGGGGUUACCCUGUUCUCGAGAACUUUUGGUAUAGAUGGCGCAAACGAUACGAGCGAUGCAAAUGAUACCAGUGAUGCGAAUGAUACGGGUGAUGAGGGCGACAAAGACAAUAAAGAUCUAAUCUCUUCUCCUGCGGUGCCAGCAACUGAAUUGGAAGAUAAAUCAGAGUUGAUUGAUGAAUCAGACCAGAUGUCACAGUCACAAAGCACUACUAAUGCCAUCGAUACCACCACAGAUCAUCAGAAUUAUCAGCUUCCAACACCUGACGAUACUCAAAAGCAGAACAUUGAUGAGAACAUUGAUGAGAACAUUGAUGAGAACAUUGAUGGGGACGAUGAUGGGGACGAUGAUGAGGACGGAUUAACUUCGAUGUCAGAUCUACUUCAACUUCAGUUACAAGAAGAGAUGGGAGAGAUGGACGAAGAGAUGGAUAUGAUGAAAACUGAUGCACGCAUCGAAAAGGAUCCAUCACCGGACUUACUUGAGAAUGAAGACCUAAAUUCUUCUCAAGAGAAGCCUGACACGAUUUUGAAUGUAGCUUCAGACACGGGUGCGAUAGAUGAAGACGAUGAAAUGGUUGAUCCCGAGUCCGAAGACAUAGAGAUUCAAUUUACUAAGACAGAAAUACUUGAGCUCAAAGAGUCUGAAAAUACUGAAACCGAAUUCAGGCAGGUCAGCGAAGAGAUUAUCGAGGACGAUAUAGCUGGGAGAGCGGAGGAAGACGAUGUUGAAGUAAAUGAAGGAGAAAAAUUCGAAGAGAUCGAAUCAACUGUUGAUGAAGAUGAAGAGGCCGGGGAGAAAUAUUUGGAGAUGCGUCAAGGUGGAGUGUUUGUAGAGGGAGUUUCGGAUGUUGACGAAGAUGAGGUAUUCAGGGAGGGCACUUCAGAUGUUGAUGAGGAUGAGGUGUUUAGGGAGGGCGUUUCGGAUGUUGAAGAUGAAGAAUCUGAAGAGGGAGAUGGAGAGGGAGAGGCGGAGAUUGAACAAAUCGAAAUCAAAGUCAGGGAAGCCGAAACGACGGAGUUCGAAACUCAACAGACUCUUGCAAAGUUGGCCAAAAACAGCAGUUUUGAGAAAGACUUGAAGAAUUUCGAGAUCACAGAAGAGUAUAUCGAGCAAACAAUUGAGGAGACUGAAGCUGCCGCCGAUGAAACCGAAGCCUUCGUGUCGGAGAAAUUCAGACGAGCACCUCCCAAUUCUUUAUCUCCCUUAAGAAGUCGUAGCCGCAAAGAAUCUACACCUGAAUCUAGGAAAAGCAAAAAAGAAUCAACCCCAGUCAGCCCUAGACAAACCCGGUCCAGCAAAGAUCUUUCGCCUUCACCUGAUUUCAAGAGGAGUAGGAAAGGAUCAGCGCCUGUAAGUCCUAGACAAACACGAUCUAAGAAGUUGGAGCCAGUUGUGGAGGCUGUCCCUCCUGUAACGCCAACAAAAUCCAACAAAGAGGGUGAGAGGCAAUCUACACAUGGUAGCAAUCAGUCUAAGAGGUCGCCGUCUCUAGUUCUUGAUGAAGAGAAAACACUAAAAGGUCCGGAUACAAGCGCUGAAAUGGCAAUACUCGGAUUACCCGAAUCGCCUACAAAAGCCGGCCAUCACCUUAGAGCACCAGCAACUACCGAUCCGAAACUCCGUCUGACUAAAUAUCUUCGUACUGAUUUGAGUGAAUAUACAACUCUCAAAAUGCUUCGUUUCAAAAUGAACUCUAAACUGGAUAUUUUGGCAAUCGCUACGAGUGUACCUACCGAACCUCAAAGAGCAAAGUCAGGGCCAAGACACUACACUAGCACCUUCACCAUUACCGAUCAAACUAUAGCUCCUUCCGGCGUAGUGGAAGUAAAAAUCUUCCGUCCAUACAGAGAUGCCCUUCCCACACCUGAAAUUGGAGAUGGUAUAUUACUGAGAGACUUCAGCGUCUUAUCGGUUAAAGGGAGAGGUUUCACAUUGAAAUCUGAAGAAGAGAGUAGUUGGGCAGUGUUCAAGGAUGAGGGUACAGAAAUAGAAGUUCGGGGACCUCCUGUUGAAUAUGGUCAUGGGGAAAAGAAGCACAUGAAGGAAUUGAGAGAAUGGUUUCACGCACUCGAUGAUCGUCAAAAGACGAAACUAGAAAAGGUUAGUGCAGCGAUGGAGAAGGAUCCUCAGGGAAAGAGUGCCACGGAAAAGGGAAAGAAGUGA